UUGGGUAUAUUGUUCUGUCGUGUAGCAUUUUUUUUGAGUAUCAAUUCGACCGAAACAAUCGCCGAAAUGGGCGAACUUGUCUGGGGCAUUAAAAACGGCGAUCUUGACCAAGUUCGCGAUAUCUUCGAGAACAAGAAUAUCAAUGUUAACAAGAUGAUAGAUAAUAGGACACCAUUACAUUAUGCAGCUGACUAUGGACAGAAAGAAGUAGUUAGGUAUCUUCUUGACAAAGGAGCUGAUAUACAUGCAAAAGACAAACAUGGGAUCACAGUCAUUUUAGCAGCGAUAUGGGAAGGUCACACAGAUGUUGUCAAGCUAUUGUUGGAAAAUGGUGCAGAUCCCAAUGGUGAGACCCCGGAUGGACAAAAAUACUUGGAUGUUGCCGAGAAAGAUGAAAUUAAGGAACUUUUAAAGUCGCACUAGCACCAAACCAAACAAUGUGAGAAGAGACUUACACAUUUUGUUAUUUAAGAACUUUCAUGUUCCUUAUAGGAUAUUUACAACUGCUUUGUUAAUCAUUUAUCGCGUGUAUGACUAGAGCCACUGCAUUUACGAGCUUUACCGUAAAGAUGUAGUGUGCUACUAUGGUAGUUUUAUGAAAAAAACGAAAUCACGAGAUAACAGAAUUUUUAAUUAAGUAUAUCUACCAUCAAAACGGUUAUUUAACAAAAGCUUAAGAGAGAGAGAGAGAGAGAG